UGGGUCUUAAAAAUCUCCAAACCUUUCCCCUCUCUAGUCUCUCUCCUCCAUCCAGAUCCGCUUGGCAGCCCGAUCGAAGCGAAGCCAAACCCAGCUACGCAAGCCGCGAAUUCCACCCGCCCGAUCCAGCGCCACCGCCGGAGGUUCGCCUGCAUGUCGUCCUCCACUGCCUCCUGGUCACGCUACGGCUCCGUCCCCACCUCCCCGCCUCCGCCGCCGCUCAAGCCGGAGGAUGUAGCGGCGGCGGCCGCGGUUACGGACGGGGAGGCAGCGGCCUCGUCGUCGUCGGCGACGACGGCGGCGGAGGCUGGCGUGGCCUUCUUCUCCCGCGCGCGGGCGUUCGCGGGGGCCGCGGCGGGUCGGCCGCGGGCGUGGCGGGAGGUGCUGGACCCCACGGCGUUCUCGCGCCCGGACAGCUGCGGCGAGGCCCGCGCGCGGGCGCGGCGGAACUUGGCCUACUUCCGCGCCAACUACGCGUUGGCCGCGCUCGUGCUCGUCUUCCUCGGCCUCAUCUACCACCCGGUCUCCAUGCUCGCGUUCCUGGCGCUCUUCGUGGCUUGGCUGGGUCUCUACUUCGGACGCGGCGAGGGGGAGCCGCUCGUGUGCCUCCGCCGCGAGGUGGACGACCGCGUCGUGCUGGCCGUGCUCUCGGCGGCCACGGUCCUCGCCGUCGCGCUCACGCGAGCGGGGCUCAACCUCCUCGUCUCCCUCGUCGUCGCCGCGGCCGUCAUCGGCAUGCACGCCACGUUCAGGGUGAACUACUACCUCGACGAGAGGGACGUCUUCGACGGCGCCGGCGCCUCCUUCACGGAUAGCGGAUACGGCUACGCUCUCCCAAGAUAAGGGAGGCAUUCAGCUGAUGAGAUUGUUGGCUGGUGACAUUGAGGGGAUUCUUGGUGGCCCUGAUCCAUCCGUCGGAUUCUGUAAGGUGUUCGUGGAAGCUGUAAUUUUCUUGAAAUUUUUGCAAGGUAUUCUUAACCGUUUGUGUAGUUUGCAUGUUGUGCAUAUCCUUUUGCGUUCCUUUUUCAGGGGCGGGGUUGAUUUGUUUGUAGUGUUGUGUUGUUUCAGAGAAUUUUUUUGAGGUGAUUGGGAUGAUUUAAAUCUGUUUUCAAGAGAGAAAGAAAAAUUGUAAGGCA